AUGAAUAAUUAUAAUAAUAGCUCAAAGGAAGUACAAUGGGUUCAAAAUAUUUUAAAAGAAAAAGAAAUUAUAGUCAAUAGUAUCGACGAUUUUAAAGAUUCAGUUAUAAUUAUUGAACUAUUACAAGUCAUAACCAACAGACCAAUUACAAAAUAUUUUAAAAAACCAAGAACAAGAAUUCAAUCAAUUGAAAAUGCCAGUAUAGCUUUAAAUUUUAUGAAAAAUAAUUCAUUUCAAAUUUCAACACUAUAUAGUCCUCAAGAUAUUGCUGAUGGUAAUGAAAAAACAAUUAAAAGUAUUAUUUAUAUUAUUUAUUUAUUUGGUCAAGGUAAAAAACUAAAGAUUAGCAGAAUAAGAAAGAAUAGUAGAAGAAUACCAUUUAAUGCUGAUGGUAUGAUAAAUCAAUCAAUUACCACCACACCAAUUUCAUCAAAUAAAAUUGAUAACGAAGAAAUCAUACUAGAGGACACUGAUUCCGAAGAAGAAGAUUUACAUUUGGAUUCAAUUCAUGACGAUGAUGGUGACACUACCGAAGAGGAAGAUAAUAUUAAUAAUAGUGACCAGAAAAGAUCGCCAAUUGUAUCAUCUACAUCAUCGUUUGAGGCACAAAGUUCAACAUCAUCAUUAUCAUCAUUAAACUCAGUUGCAUCUACUUCAGUUACUGGUUCAUCAACAAACUCUACCUCAUCAUGGAAAAGAGAAUCUAGACAAUCCAUCGUUGAUAACUCUAGUAGUGGUCGUAACUCAAGAAGAUUCAGUGGUAUGGUAACAAGAUCUGCAAUUCUAUCUUUAAAAAGUCCAUUAAUGUCAGCUUCUUCUGGUAGUAUACCAAAUAUGAACAAUGAAGAAGCCAGUGGUGAUUCAUCAUCUUUAUCAACAUCUUCAUUACCAACUCCUAGUCAAGGCUGGUUCAAAGUUAAAGUAGAUGAGAAGAAAAAAGAAAAACCAAUUACCAAAGUACCACUUCUUGUUAAAAUAUCGCCUGUAGAUUUUGAUAGAUAUAACAACCCAGAUUUCUUAGGAAAAAUUGUUGAUUGCCAAAGAUUCAUUAGAGGCUAUAAAAGUAGAAAGGUCUUAAAGCAAAGAAAGAAAUUUAAUAACCAUAGAAAUCGUUGUUUUGGUGAAAUUUUAUCAACAGAAGAGACCUAUGUGCAAUGUGUAGAAAUGAUUGUUAAUAUUUUUUAUAAACAAAUUAUGUGGAAUGCCAAAGUUUCUCCAACUCCAUACUUGACAAUGCCAGAUAUAAAUACCAUCUUUUCAACAAUCAAUCAAAUUUUUUCAUUCAAUAGCGAUUUACUUAGCCAAUUAAGAAAGGUCAACGAAACUUGGAGCCAUUAUCAAAAGGUUGGUGAUAUUUUCCUUUCUGCUGUACCCUAUAUGAAACUUUAUAAACAAUAUUGCCUCAACUAUGAUACUGCUAUUCUCUGUUUACAAAAAGCAAAAAAGAAUCAAACCUUUAAUCUCUUUAUUAAAGCUUGUUUAGAUCACCCAGAAAACAAAAUGAAACAAAGUUUAGAAUCAUUAUUAAUUACAGUAGUUCAAAGAAUCCCAAGAUAUAUUUUAUUAAUCAACGACCUCUUAUCACAUACUUGGAAAGACCACCCAGACUAUGAAAACCUUCAAAACGCACUCAGAAAAAUUCAAUCAGUUGCCUCUGAAGUAAAUAAGAGUAUCAAGAUCGCUGAGUUACAAUCAAAAGUUUUAGAAAUUCAAAAAUCACUUGUUGGUUGGGAUGAGGAAAAGGGUGAAUUGGUACAGCCAACACGUCUUUUUGUUAAACAAGGUUAUAUUUUGGAUUGUCAAUUAGAUACAAGAUUCUCUAAAGAUCUUCAAAAACUAACAUACUUCCUUUUCAAUAAUGCUAUUUUAAUCACUGAAAAAGAAAACUCCUCUCACCGUUUCCAAUUAAAAUAUUUCUUUGAUUUAAAUGACCCAUCAACCAAACUUAAAGAUAUCGAAGAUAGUCAAGUAAUUAAAAAUUCAUUCCAGUUAAUUUUAGGUAGAACUACUGCAUUUUUAGCAACUGAAAAUAAUGAUGAAAAAUCCUAUUUAUUAAACCACAUUCAAAAUUGUAAACAAUCAAAACAAAAUAGACCAUCAACAAUAAUUUUAGAUAAUAAUAAUAGUUCAAGUACCAAUUUAAUAAAGGAUACAGAAAAAAAUAAUUUAGAAAAUAAUAAUGGAGAAAAUAAUAUAAAUAAUAGUUUAGAAAAUUUAGAUAUAAAUAAUAAUGAUAAUAAUGACAAUAGUAAUAAUGAUAAUGAUAAUAUAAAUAAUAAUAGUAAUAAUGAAAAUAGUGAUAAUACCAAUAUAAAUAAUGAAAAUAACAAUAUAAAUAAUGAAAAUAAUAAUUUAGAAUUUAAUACAGAUAAAAGCUAUACUGUUAUUAUAAAUAAAUCAGAAAGUAAAAAAGAAGCAGGUAAAAAAGAAUAUACAGUUUAUAAUAUUUCAAUUAGUGAUGAUGAAACAGGUGAAUGCUUCAAUAUAGUUAAAAGAUAUAGCGACUUUGAUAACCUCAACAAAAAAUUAACAAAGAAAUUCCCAACUGAAAAAUUAAAAGAUUUACCAAAGAAACAUUAUAUUAACUCAUUAGGCAGUAAUACUGUAGAAUCAAGAAGGCUAAUGUUAGAAGUUUAUCUUCAACACUUGUUCCAAAUCGAAUCGAUCAAACAAAGCAUUUAUUUAAAGAAUUUUAUUUCCCAACCAUCUUUAAAUGAACAAUCUGCAGAAAACUCUCAAACAACCUCACCCUCAUCAACUUCACCCGCCCCAACUUCACCCGUCACCAAUGGUAAACAUAAAAGUUUAGAUGACCUAAAACCAUAUCUAACUUUUAGAUUAAAAAAAGAAAAAAGUAGUUCAAAGUUAAAAAAAGAAAAAAGCAAUGCCAAUUUAAUUUCACCAUCACAAUCAGUUGAAGAGUUAAAUAAUACAAAUAUAAAUAUAAAUACCAAUACCAAUACCAAUACAGAUACAGAUACAGAUACAAAUAUGAAUACAAAUAAUAAUGAUAAUUAA